AUGGCUCGCUACGUCGGAUUGGAUAAGUUGGGUAAGCUGUUCGGCUACAUUCGCGAUAAUGGAGGCAUCCGAGCCAGUUUGUACAAGCUGUACAGAAUGGAUGAAAUGAAAGCGGGGCGUUUGGUCGGACAGGACAAGUAUGGCAACAAAUACUACGAAGAUCCGUCACAGUUCUACGGAAGGAAUCGCUGGGUCGAAUACGCGCCGCACUUCAACCUGGAAUACGACGGUUCGCAGAUCCCGGCCGAAUGGUUCGGAUGGAUGCAUUACAAGACCGAUUUGCCACCGAACCGAGAUGGAAUGCGCCGCAUUAAUUCAGAUGGCCGAUCAUAG